ACGGCUAUCGUAGAUAUAUGGAAGCUUCAAUUAUAUUCAGUGAACGAUCGACCAUCGUCCUUUAUGUGGAGAGAGUUGAUGAAUAAUGCAACCAAACAGCUCAAUUUUGUAGAGGAAGCGAAUGCAAAGUUCGAGGAAGAACUAAGGGAAAGAGAUGGUCGUUAUGCUGAAAUGACAAAUGCUUUAGCGAAAAUGUCUGCACAAGAACGAGAGAAGGAACUAUUAAGUCAGUUCUCGGUCGUAUUAAAUGCAAAGAAAAAGAAACUUAGAAAAUUGCUCAGAUUACUGGAAAGUCGAGAGCUCUUGCAAAAUCAUUCAGGCAUAUCAACAGAAGAUAUUACCGAGCCCUCAUCGAUAGUGGAUGACGAAAUGUCUGAAGAUCACAAGACCACGAAAAGAAAGGCGGCACCCAAACGUAAUUCUACCAAAGCGGGGCGUGUCAAGAAGACGACUGCUGUUGAAAGUUCUAAAACCACUCGCGCUAAGAGAGGCCGAAGUGCUGCCAAGCCCGGACGUCUCAGUGCGCGACAGAGGGAAAAAAGUCCAGAAAUUACUUAUUCAUUGAGUCUAAUGUCAAUAGAAGAGAGGCAGGAAAAUGAAUCGUCAUCGCAGAUUGAACCGCUGGCGCAACAAACUUACCCCGAGACUGUAGUACAACCCUUCAACUGGUCAGUGUCUAGAGCUGGCUCGGAAUUGACUGAUCUGAU